UCCCGUUUCUCUCUCUCCAAAAAAACAAGUCUUACCUCCCUCCCAUUCUCCCCAUAUCUACUUUCUCUUUCAUCCUUCUCCGAUCAGAGAAGGAUCGAACCGAAAUCAAAAUCUCAGAAUUCCCUGAUUUGAAAAUUUCCGAUCAUCGAAAAUGAAUGAUGCCGAUGUCUCCAAGCAGAUCCAGCAGAUGGUGAGAUUCAUCCGUCAAGAAGCGGAAGAAAAAGCUAAUGAGAUCUCUGUCUCUGCCGAAGAAGAAUUCAACAUUGACAAGUUGCAAUUAGUUGAAGCUGAGAAGAAGAAGAUCAGACAAGAGUACGAGCGAAAAGAGAAGCAAGUUGAAGUUCGUAAGAAAAUUGAGUACUCUAUGCAGCUCAAUGCUUCCCGUAUCAAAGUUCUUCAAGCACAGGAUGAUUUGGUUAGUGCAAUGAAAGAUGCAGCUGCAAAGGAACUAUUGAAGGUGAGCGAUGGACAUCACCAUGGUUUCCUGGGAGAACUAGUUGAAAAAGUUGGAGAAGAAAUAUUUCAUGUCAAGGGCGAACCCCGUAACUACGAACAUCUUCUCAAGGAUCUUAUUGUUCAGAGUUUGCUCCGAUUGAAAGAGCCUGCUGUCUUACUACGUUGCCGAAAAGCUGAUCUGAAUUUGGUGAACAAAGUUUUGGAUUCUGCAAAACAAGAGUAUGCAAGUAAAGCAGGAGUUCAUGAACCUGAGAUCCUUGUCGAUAAUGAUGUCUUUCUCCCUCCUGCUCCUAGCCAUCACAAUGAACAUGGACUUCACUGUUCUGGAGGUGUGGUGUUGGCUUCCCGAGAUGGAAAGAUUGUGUUUGAGAACACACUCGACGCAAGAUUGGAUGUUGUAUUCCGUAAAAAGCUUCCAGAGAUCCGAAAACUGCUUUUCAGUCAGAUUGCUGUUUAAGAGAGGCUGCAUCUUUGUGUUUUCCGUCCAUGUUCUUCAAGAUCGUUGGGGUUAAGGUUCAUCCUUUCUAUCUCAUUUCAUCGCUUGCUUGAGUUAUCCCUUCUUAAAUUCUGGGAUUUAUUUAUUUGUUUUUUUAUGUAGCAAGACAAUUAUUCCGUUUGAUGCUGCUCCACUGUAUCAUUAAUAUUAUUUUGAGAUCUUGUACGUAAAACUCAAAUUCUUCUGUUAGUAAUAAAUCAUCUAUGUAUGUUGAGUGUUUUUCUUUU